UACGCCCCAUGCUCACGUCAAGCUUGUAGAUCAAGGCGCUAGGUGCGCACCGAACGCCGAAAACAAAAGUCAUUCUCGUCAACAACCAUGGCCUCAGUGCUGUUAGCAGAGAACCAAGAACCCGGUUUUUCCUUCGAAAACUGCAGAAGGAAUGCCUUUUUGGCGAAGAAGGGCAACGCUUUGCCGAAGGCGACCAAGACAGGAACGACCAUCGUAGGCAUUAUCUUCAAGGAUGGCGUCAUCCUCGGCGCAGACACCAGAGCCACUGAAGACACGAUUGUGUCCGACAAGAACUGUUCCAAGAUCCACUACCUGGCCAAGAACAUGUACUGCUGUGGUGCCGGCACUGCUGCGGACACCGAGGUGACCACUCAGAUGAUCUGCUCGCAGCUGGAGUUGCACCGGCUAAGCACCAACCGCGACAUUGUGCCCGUGGUGACCGCAUGCAAGUUCUUGAAGCAGAUGCUGUUCCGCUACCAGGGCCACAUUGGCGCCGCCCUUGUCCUUGGUGGCGUGGACAACACUGGUCCACACUUGUACUCGAUUCACCCACACGGCUCCUCUGACAAGUUGCCUUACACUACAAUGGGCUCUGGCUCGCUGGCAGCCAUGGCUGUGUUUGAAGCAGGCUGGAAGCCUGAAUUGACUGAAGAGGAGGGCAAGCUGCUUGUGCGAAACGCAAUCGCUGCUGGCAUCUUCAACGACUUGGGCUCAGGCAGCAACAUUGACGUUUGUGUGAUUCGGCGGGGCUCUGUCGAUUACAUUCGACCUUACGAAACGGCCAACCUUAAGGGAGAGAAGCAAAUGUCUUACAAUUUCAAGAAGGGAACCACGGCCGUGCUGGACGUUAAAACAGUCCCCAUCAUCAUUGAAGAUGUGGUUGUCCAUCACACUGGUGAAUCAGCCGUUGAGUCUAUGGACACCUCCUCUUAAAACUUUUUUUUUGUAAAUUAAUCUAAGUAUUAAUGGAUAAAAUGAGGUUUCAAUAAAUUUCCCUUUGGUUUCA